UCAAAAGUAUCCACAUAAAAUGUACAAUGACCACGUUUGGUGCGUUUGUUAGUGAGGUAUUAUACUACACGGGUUGGGGAAUUUAAAAAAUCGCGAAAUAAAAAAGAGCGUACAAAGGUGUCAAAGUCCCGAGCGCGGAUGGGGGCGGGUUGCACACCUGCCCCAGCUGUGCUUCGUGAACACCUGGCUCAAGUUACAGCGGCGCAGGACAGUGGGCUGGACUGCAUGCCGUGAGAGCUAGAUCGCUACGCCAUCCUGCAAUCAGCCAGACGCACUGAUUCACACUGAGUCAGUGGAAGAGAGCAACAAGUAGCAUAGGUCCGGGUAGACCUCGAGAAAGAGAUUUGCGAUAUUAUUUUACAAAGUUUGCGGUUGUGUUGACUUUCUGUAGGAACAAGGGUCCGAUCGGGCGCUGAACGGGAUCGAGCGAUCGUCUGACAGAAGGGGGAGGUCAUGGAGUCGCAGAUGAAAUACGGCAGUACGCUGUUCCGGUCGAUAGACGAUGAUUUGAACGCCUCUCUGGCCACGGCGGAUGAGCUGUCGCGGGAAUUCAGCAGCCUAAUGGAGGAGUGCAGCACCAGCCGCCAAGUGCCUGAAACACAGGCUAAGCCAUUCUCCUCUGGAGGGACGUCGCAGAAUGUCCCGGCUGCCAGCUUUCCCACGUCCCCAAAUAACGGGGGCAGCGGCAGGUACGUCUCCGCACCCUCCACCACUGCGGCCCAGGUCCCCGAGCCGAGCCACCGCCCCCUGGAGUCCGUCGCCCCCAGCGGCAACUACGCGUCCCAGCCCCCUCUCUACUCCCCCCAGCCGGUGGCCUCCCCCAAAACCCAAAGAGUACAAAUCGCCUCCACUCAUCGCUCCGACUCGGACUCCGGCGUGAGCUACGGUAGGCUGACCCCGCCCAACCAAUCGCCACGCACCCAGAGGCGGGCGUCCCCCUCCCGCCUGACCGCCUACAACGGCUCCCAGAAGGCUCAGCGAAGCCCCUCCCCCAGGCCCCACGUGAGCUCCGUCUUCAGCCAGUCGCCGCGCGUCGCACACCUCCCUUCCCCCACGGUCCACUCGGCGUUCGAAUCCGGCCAGCGCUCUCCGAGGACCAGCACGCUUCCGCGAAACUUUCUCCCCUUCAAGCAAAGCGACGACGGAGCUCAGAGGCCGAAGAUUCCCGCCAAGUGGAACGAGACCGACCUGGACGCGUCCCACGACAAGAAGCCGCAUCACACCUACGACAAGACAGAGUGGCUAAGGCCCGCGGUGCCAAACAGCAACUGGAGAGAGUCCAACCUGGAUGCCCCGCCCCCUUCUUCCAGAAAGGAUCCCCAGUCCCGCUCUGGCCAGUACGGCUACCUCCCGCAUAACGUCCGAAUGACCCUGGGCCCCGAUAGGCCCUCCUCGCCGCACGGCUCGCCCAGCUACGGCCCCCAGCCAAUCGUCUCCCGGAUCUCCAUCCCGCCCGCCAGCCCCCGGGUGCAGCAGCGACGCCCCAUCCCGCUGUCCGUCAUCAUGCGGCUGCAGAACCCGCAGUACUUCGUGGCCCCCCAGCCCCCGUCCCGGGGGCCCGAGCAGGGCAGCGCCCCCUACAGGCAGCCCACCUUCGUGACCUCAGACUACCUGCCCCAGCCGCCCCCGCCGGAGCUCAGGCAGCCGGGGUUCUACGGCGAAGUGCUGGUUCCUGAGGACGUGGAGGCGGAACUUGAGAGGAUGGAGCCGGGGAGGGAACACGCGAUCCCAGAGGACGGCCAGGCCCCCGUGCCCCGCCCGCUGAGCCCCACCCGCCUGCAGCCCGUGGUGGCCCCCGAAAUCGAGGUGGCCCCCGACCGGCAGGAGGUGCUCCGCCUGCGGGCGGAGAUCCCCAGGGCGCUGAAGAGGCGGGGCUCCGUCGACCAAUCGCGGCCGGCGGCCAAGGGCCAGUACAAGCAGGUGAUCAGCAAGCUGUUCCGCAGGAAGGAGAUCCGGCGCAAGGGGGAGCCGGCGAGCGAGAGCAGCAGCUCGUCCGACGGGGAGGACCCGGCCGCCUCGCCCAGCGCAGCCUCCGCCCCCAGCACCCCCACGCCUGCCACUCCUGCCACACCUCAGCACAAGGGUGUGAACUCCAUCCUGAGGAAGAGCAAGGAGCAGAGGGGUUCAGGGAGGAGGGCGCACCUGAGCCCGCUGGUGCUGCUGCUGGACGGGGCGCUGGUGGGGGAGCUGGAGACGGUGCAGAGGGCCGUGCAGGAGAUGAGUGACCCCAGCCAGGCCAAUGAUGAGGGCAUAACUGCAAUUCACAAUGCCAUCUGCGGGGGGCACUAUGCUGUAGUGGAAUUUCUAGUGCGGAUCGGAGCCAACGUCAGUGCGCCAGACAGCCACGGAUGGACCCCCCUGCACUGCGCCGCCUCCUGUAACGACCAGAUGCUGUGCGAGUACCUGGUGCGCAACGGGGCGGCGGUGAUGGCGGUGACGGAGAGCGACGGGGCGACGGCGGCGCAGAAGUGCGACCCCUACGCCGUGGGGUUCCAGGAGUGCGAGGGCUUCCUCAUGGGCGUGGAGGACGCCAUGGGGGUGGAGAACAGCGGGGUGCUGUACGCUCUUUGGGGGUACCCUGCCCAGGCCCCGGACGAGCUGAGCUUCAGGGAGGGGGACAUGGUGACCAUCCUGCAGAAGCCCGAGGGGUCCGACUGGUGGUGGGCCUCCCUCUGCGGCAGGGAGGGCUUCGUCCCAAACAACUUCUUCGGGCUGUUCCCGAAGGUGCGGCCGAAGUCCUUGUGCUAGAUGGCGGCUCGCAGGACGCUCCCUGGCCGUCGCGGCUCGUAAAGAAGCCGCAGACCCUCCGGACCCUCCCUUCCCUUGCAGGCGACGCACCUCAGUCAACGCCGCGUGCGCACGCGGUGGGCGUGGCCUGUGCGUGUGGACGGUCUUUUUCUCCGUGCGUCACGCGCAGCAUCUCAAAGAAGCCGUGAGCCGCACUAUUACAAUCUCACAAUCAUCUCGAAGCUUUUUUUUUCCCCCCGCAGUCACCUUUCGCACAGUUUCCGUACUACCUGUUCAUGCCAUCAGCUCCUGGAACCCCUGGAAGAUUUCAGCAUCUCGGCACUAAUAUUUAAAUAUUUAACCUGAAAGCAUUAAGACUUCCGCAAAAACCAUUUCGCACCUCCCCCCCCCUCGUUUCUCAUGGUGUGUGGCUCAGGAUUGGACAGGACGGCUCAGGGUUGGACAAGGUUUGGGAAAUCGACUGGUCCAGUUAGUUCUGCAUGCUCUGAAAAGCAGGAAAAUAAACUCUAUGAAAAGCAGGGGGCCACAUGAACAUUUGCAGCCCCCCAGGGCCGCUGUUCGGACGUUCUGUCCGCCCCUUUUUAAGCCCCGCCCUUUCAGCGUUUGAGGAGGAUGAUGGCGGCUCGCCCAGGUCAGCGCUCUGUGGAAUCAGGUGGUUCAUCACCUGGUUGCCAUGGAAUUAUCAACUAUACAGCCCGUUUAGGUACCUGGACAGAAAUACCUGGAUAUACCUUGUCUGUGUAAUCUUGCUGUCCCUGGAACUCUGCUCUAUAAACUCUUAUGCUACAAUAUAUAUAUAUAUAUUUCCAUAUAUGGAGAUCCAAUAUGUUGCCAUUCUUGAUUCAUUAUUUUGUGUCGAUGGAAAGGCUGUUCUUUCAGCAUUUAACUUCACAGAAUAAUGAUAUCAAGAUAUAACACUGAAACUAAUUUAAAUGUGUAUAUACAAUUGUAAUUUGCACUGCAAAAUAUAUUGAAUAAUAUAUAGAAAUAUAUUGCUAAAUAUGCCAAUUAUUGCCACUUUGGAUACAGUGGGAUAUGUCUGAAUAUAAAAUAUUAUGAAACAAAAAAAUGAUUGGCAGGCAUUAAAAAUACAAAUGGAGUGCCUCAAAAUACUCAAAUAUAUUCCAUGUUUUACAGUAUGUUUCUAUAUGUCAGUAUAUUUUGUUGUAUAAAUAUUCAUCUCACCCUUCAGCUCACCAUGAUUUCUUUUUUGUGUUCAAAUCGUAAGUACAAGGUAAAAACAUCGAGUUUUGUAACCUGUAAAGCAAUUUGUGACAAAGUUUUAUCUCAUUUUGAGUUACAAAAUGUGUUAAAAUGGAAAUAUUUCUGUGGAGAGGUGGCAAUACAGUUUUUGGACUCCAGACUCAGAAGUGUUGAGUUGAACAUGCUGGAAAUUUGAUUGUACAGAGUAUCAGAUUUGUAAGACCGAGUGAGUUGUACACAAUGUAUUUUUUUUUUUUAAGAUUUGUUUUCUUGUUCUGGGAGCCAAGAUGUCUGACUCAGCAUUCCGUUUGAGAAUCUGUGUCAGAUAUAAGACGGCUAUUUACAAAAGAUGUGCGGUUUCCUUGUAAAACAUUGUGAUUAUUUUAUCUGAGAGUGGCAGUGUAUUGUCUGUCCCGGGGUAUCUCACUGUCAUGACUUCUGUUAACUGUUUUCCUUUAUAUUCUCAUCUGUUAAUAUCCUUUUUUUUUUUGCAGUGUAAAGAUUAGUGUUUUUCUUUGAAAGGUUUCUCUCAGUCUGUCCAUAAGGUAAGACCAUAUAUUUAUACAUGAGAAUGUAUGAAAUGUCUCUCAUAUAUACAUAUAUGUAUAUAUGUGUAUAUAUAAACACAUAUAUGUAUGGAUAUAUGCGCGUACACGCACUCUUGCAUACUUGUGUACAUGCAAAUGAAUGAAAUGUAUGGGACGCUUAUUUUUUGUCUUCCAUCUGAGAGGCUGAUGUGUACUAAGCACUUAUAAGAAUGCUGUGCGUGCAUAUAUGUGUGUGUUUCUGAUGAUGGGCUUUGUUACAAACGGUCAAUUUGAUUUGUACAUUUUCAAGCAUUUUAAUAACAACAGAAAAGCCGUAAUACAAAUAAAUAAACGACGUAAGUCCCAAAAA